CAAUGGUGCUUUUGAAAACUUUUGGGGACACCCGAGUGGAUCUACAGCUCAACGAACAAGCGUGCAGGGCAACGGAGCUGCACAAUGAAAAGGUGAAGAAAAAUAGGGAAAUAUUGAAAAGACUCAUUGAUUGUGUCAUGUUUUUGGGUAAACAGGAACUUUCAUUUAGGGGACACGAUGAAAGUGCUGACUCCACAAACAAAGGGAACUACGUGGAGCUUCUUUCUUUUCUUUCUGAAAGCAACACAGAUUUACAAUACCAUCUGUCCACUAACAAAGUGUUCAUUGGGACGUCAGGCAAAAUACAAAAUGACCUAAUUUAUGCUAUUGCUGAAGUGAUGGGAGAAGAGAUCAAAAUGGAGAUAAAAAAAGCUCCCUUUGUUGCUGUUAUGGUGGACGAGACAACAGAUCAAAAAAAUCUGAAUGAGGACAUGGGGCAACUUUACACAUUGGCAUGUGUGACAGUGACCAUCCCUGUGUCCACGGCUUCUGUCGAGCGGUCAUUCUCGGCCUUAAAGCGAAUCAAAACUCACGACUCCAACACCAUCAUUACAUUUGCAGAUGAAACAACAGUGGUAGGCCUGAUCACCGACAGCAACGAUGAGACAGCCUAUAGGGAGGUGGUCAGAUACGUGGCCGAGUGGUGCCAGGACAACAACCUCUCCAUCAACGUGAUCAAGACAAACGAGAUGAUUGUGGACUCCAGAAAUUGA